CUAAGCUUUGUAGACACUCUGCAAAAUGGGAUUAAUGAGCAAACUGCGUCCGAAUGUCGGCGCCCAUUUCCAGGACCCGCAUGCGCUCAGACAUAACAGCGAGGAUCUGGUGGACACGCCUAUCCCGCUGGUGACAUGGCGGUCCUUCGUUAUGGGCUUGUUCGUGUCUAUGGGAGGAUUCACAUUCGGCUACGAUACGGGUCAGAUCUCGGGGUUUCUGGAAAUGGACGACUUUCUGCGGCGGUUUGGGCAAUUGGGUGAUGACGGGACUUAUCACUUCUCUAACGUUCGCGCUGGGUUGAUUGUUGCUUUGCUUUCCAUUGGAACCCUGAUGGGAGCACUGGUCGCAGCCCCGAUUGCAGACCGUCUCGGUCGGAAAUGGUCCAUCAGCGUGUGGUGCGCCUUGGUCUGUAUUGGGAUCACGGUCCAGAUCUCAUCGCCAUCUGGGAAAUGGUAUCAGGUUGCGGUGGGUCGCUGGGUGGCAGGACUGGGAGUAGGAGGGCUGUCCCUUCUCGUACCGAUGUAUCAGGCAGAGACCGGACCAAGACACAUCAGAGGAGCCCUUGUCAGCACCUACCAGCUCUUCAUCACCCUCGGCAUCCUCAUCGCAAACAUCAUCAACUUCGGCACCGAGAGAAUAGACAACACCGCCUCCUGGCGCAUUCCAAUGGGCAUCACCUACCUCUGGGCCAUCGUGCUAGGAGUAGGAAUCGCCUUCUUCCCCGAGAGCCCUCGCUACGACUACCGCCACAACAAAGUCGACAGGGCCAUGAACACUCUGUCCAAAAUGUACGGUAUCCCGCGCAACCACCGCGCCCUGCGCAUCGAGUUCGACGAGAUCCAGGAGAAGUACCAGCUCGAGGUCGAACGGGGAGUAGCUACCUGGCCGCAGCUGUUCCGGGCUCCGCGGAUGGCAUACCGGGUUGGCGUCGGUGUGGCCCUACAAGCGCUACAGCAGCUCACAGGUGCCAAUUACUUCUUCUACUACGGGACGACAGUCUUCCAGGGCGCGGGUAUCUCCAACUCAUACGUCACGCAGAUGAUCCUCGGCGGGGUGAAUUUCGGCACGACCUUCCUGGGUCUAUAUCUGAUUGAGAACUACGGCCGCCGAAGGUCGCUGAUUGCCGGCGCGCUGUGGAUGUUCGUCAUGUUCAUGGUCUUUGCCUCUGUAGGGCAUUUCGAACUUGAUAGGGAGGACCCGACACGGACGAAGACGGCGGGUGUUGUGAUGGUCGUUUUUGCCUGUCUUUUCAUCCUGGGAUUCGCCUCGACCUGGGGCCCGAUGGUGUGGACUAUCAUUGCAGAGCUGUACCCUUCGGAAUACCGUGCCCGCGCAAUGUCACUCGCAACAGCCUCAAACUGGCUAUGGAACUUCCUGCUGGCAUUCUUCACACCCUUCAUCACAGGAGCCAUCGACUUCCGGUAUGGGUAUGUCUUUGCGGGCUGUCUAUUCCUCGCCGCGGCGCUUGUCUACUUUGCCGUGAUUGAGGGGCGGGGGAGAACACUCGAAGAGAUUGACACUAUGUACGUGAUGAAGGUGAAGCCAUGGAAGAGCUCCAAGUUUGUCUUCCCGGAGGACGAAGACAAUGGGCGUGCGGCUUCGCCGGAGGAGAAGAAGAGUACGUCUCAUGAUGGGCCGCAGAGGGAGUGGCAGCAUGCGGAGGGUGCUGCUGAGCGGGUUUGACUUGUUUUUUAAUACUUUCAAAGCAAUGAAGUCAGGUUACAACAUUACAAGAGGUGAGGGUGGCAUUAUACAUGUAUCCGUAUGUCCAUCCUAUCGUAGCUGGUCCACACCCGGUGUAGACAGGAAUGGCCAGAUAUAGAUUCAAGCGCCCUGUUUAUAAGACGCGUAAUAGAAAGCGAGGGAGUCAGGGGGGAAUGAAUAGCAUACGCA